GGUGGACAAGGAGCUGUCACCUUCUCCCACCCCCUGAAGCCUCCUGAGUGCUUUGAGCAGGGUGGGGGUGGGAUUCUGCUUCUCUGGGCCUCCUCCGCCAUGAUUAGUGGGAUUGUAGUUGGGGCAACAGGUGCUUAGUGGGGGACUCUUGUUGUUUCAGAUGCCGGUGACCUUCGAGGAGGUGGCUGUGUAUUUCACCCAGGGGCAGGGGGCUGUGCUGGACCCCGCUCAGAGAGCCCUCUACAGGGACGUCAUGCAGGAGAACCAUGAGACAGUGACCUCGCUGGGAUUCCCCGUUCCCAAACCUGACUUAAUCGCCCGGCUAGAACGAGGGGAAGAGCCUUGGGUCCCGGAUCUCCAGGCCUCUGAGGAAAAUGUGAGCCUGAGAGGCACCUGCACAGCAGGUGAUAGGACAGUGAGUGAGAACAAAGAGGAGAAUCAGCAGCAGGAAGGUCCUGAGCAAGAGAGGUUUUUGAGAAAAGCUGAAGAGAAUUUUUCCCAGGGCUUGGAACAGGGAGAAGCCUGUAGAGAUGGACACGGAUCAGAGAUGCAGUUGGGAAACUAUCCCAGGAAGAAACUGGAUAAAUCCACUGAAUGUGGCAGAGGAUGGAAGGAUCCCAAGGAAAGCACAAUUCAGCAGACAAGUCACAAUGAAGAGAAACCUUACAAAUGCCUUGAGUGUGGGAAAAGAUUUAAUGCGAGGUCACAGUUUAUGUCACAUAACAGAAUCCACACCGGAGAGAGACCCUAUAAAUGUUUUGAGUGUGGGAAGAGCUUCUUACAGAAGUCAAGGCUUACUGUACACCAGAGAGUACACACAGGAGAGAGACCCUAUAUAUGCUGUGAGUGUGGGAAAGGUUAUAUUCGGAGCUCAGAGCUUAUUAGACAUGAGAUCACCCACACAGGAGAGAGACCCUUUAAAUGCCAUGAGUGUGGGGAAAGUUUUAAUCAUAACUCAAAGCUUAUUAUACAUCAGCGAUCCCACACAGGAGAGAGACCUUAUAAAUGCCUUGAGUGUGGGAAAGGUUUUAGUGUGCGUGCAACACUUAUUGCACAUGAGACAACUCACACUGGAGAGAGACCCUAUAAAUGCCUUGAGUGUGGGAAAGGUUUUAGUGUGCGUGCAACACUUAUUGCACAUGAGACAACUCACACUGGAGAGAGACCCUAUAAAUGCCUUGAGUGUGGGAAAGGUUUUAUCGCAAGUUCAGCCCUUACUAAUCAUAGGAGAAUCCACACAGGAGAAAGCCCCUAUAAAUGCCAGGAGUGUGGGAAAAGUUUCAGUGUGAAAUCAACUCUUAAUGCACAUCAGAAAAUCCACACAGGAGAGAGACCCCAUAAAUGCUUUGACUGUGGGAAAAGCUUCAUUCAGAAGUCAAAGCUUCGUGAACACCAGAGAGUACACACAGGAGAGAGACCAUAUAAAUGCCUUGACUGUGGGAAAAGCUUCAUUCAGAAGUCAAAGCUUAAGGAACACCAGAGAGAACAUACAGGAGAAAGACCAUAUAAAUGCCUUGACUGUGAGAAAACUUUCAUUAAGCGCUCAGACCUUAUUAAGCAUCAGAGUAUCCACACAAGCGACAAAUUCUAUAAAUGCCAGGAGUGUGGGAAAAGUUUCAAUUGGAAAUCAACCCUUAAUGCACAUCAGGCAAUCCACACAGGAGAGAGGCCCCAUAAAUGCUUCGACUGUGGGAAAAGCUUCAUACUCAAGUCCAGGCUUAUUGUGCACCAGAGAGUGCACAUGGGAGAGAAACCCUUUAAAUGCCAUGAGUGUGGGAAAGGUUUUAGUCAGCGUGGAACACUUAUUACACAUCAGCGAACUCACACAGGAGAGAGACCCUAUGGAUGUCUUGAGUGUGGGAAAAAAUUUACCUCAAGUCCAGCUCUUGCUCACCAUAGCAAAAUCCACAUGGGAGAAAGACCUUAUAAAUGCCAUGAGUGUGGGAAAGGUUUUAGUCAGCGUGCAGCACUUAUUACACAUCAGCGAACUCACACAGGAGAGAGACCCUAUGGAUGUCUUGAGUGUGGGAAAAAUUUUACCUCAAGAUCAAUCCUUGCUAACCAUAGCAAAAUCCACAUGGGAGAAAGAGCUUAUAAAUGCCACGAGUGUGGGGAAACUUUCAGAUACCGCUCAAACCUUACUAAACAUGGGAGAGUCCACAUUGGAGAGAUGCAGUAUAAAUGCCUUGUGUGUGGGAAAGAUUUUGUUGACAGAACAAAACUUACUGUUCAUCAGAGAAUCCACACAGGAGAGAGACCGCGGGAAAAGCUUCAUUCAGAAGUCAAAACUUAUUCUACACCAGAGGGUGCACACAUGAGAGAGACCUUAUGAAUGCUUGGAGUGUGGGAAAAGCUUCAUUGAGAAGUCACAACUUAUUCUACACCAGAGACUGCACACAGGAGAGAGACCCUUUCAAUGCUGUAAAUGUGGGAAAAGUUUUAUUCGGAGCACAACGCUUAUCUCACAUCAGAGAACCCACACGGGAGAGAGACCUUAUAAAUGCCUUGAAUGUGGCAAAAGUUUUAGUCAGAGCUCAAAUCUUAUUGCACAUAAGAGAACCCACACAGGAGACAGACCCUAUACAUGCUUGGACUGUGGGAAAAGCUUCAGUAAGAGCUCAGCGCUGACUAAACAUCAGAGAAUGAACAAGAAUGAGACCCUGUCAUAAACAGAUAGUUAAGGGUUAAUGUCUCUUUUACCUGUAAAGGGUUAACAAGCUCAGUGAACCUGGCUGACACCUGACCAAAGGAGCAAUCAGGGGAAGUCUUUGUGCUUUUUGUUUUGUUGUCCAUUCUCUCUUGGAUCUAAGAGGGGCCAGACGUGCAUCCAGGCUCUCCAAGCUUCCUGAAAUAGUCUCUUCUGUUCAAUAGAAUGAGUAUUAGUUAAAAAGGCGGAUUAGUCUUUUGGUUGUUUUCUGUAUUUGCAAAUGUGUAUUUGCUGGAAGAAUAUUUUAUUUCUGUUUGCUGGAACUUGUACUUAUGCUAGGGGGGAGGGAG